GUAAUGCUAAUGCUCCUCAGCUGGUUCUUGCAAGCAAAAGUGUCUCACUGGACUUUCUCGAUCGCACGUAAGCAUAAUGGCGUAUUGCGACGUGUAUUAAGCAGUGCAGAAAAAUAGAUUUUGUGUCUUGAAAUUCUAUGCAACUCGUAAUAAAAGCAGUAUUGUAGUAGUUUUUCGUUCAUUUAAUCACUUUAUUGACAACUGCGAGGUAUACGCUGCUUAAAAAUAGAUUAUAGCAGUGGUUUGAAAACGAACGAGAAAAUUGAUGCUACACUGAACAAGUUGCGAAAAAAUAUAAAUAUCUGAUUUAAUUUCGUGAAAUUCGGAACAUUGGAGCUCUGAACAUGUCUUCAGUAGUGGAAGUUAUAAAUCACUAUCAGAAAAGCAUCGAAAAAUCGCUGAAUGAUCAAGCAAGGUUGCUGCACUGCAUAAGCAAACUAUACCGACUUCCCAUCUCCGUGCAGCACUUACAAGAAACUGGAGUAGGACGAACAGUGAACGGUCUCCGUAAAUUCGAUGGGGAGGUGGGUGUUGCUGCUAAAGCCCUGGUCACCAAAUGGAAAGCAAUGGUCGCUGACGAAGAAUCAGACGAAGGCACAGAAAAACCAGAUGAAAGCCAUGAGAAUAGUGAUUCGAAUCAUGACGGUGAUGGUGAUUGUGUAGAAGAAGAUCAAAGUGAUGAAUUGCAUCUCGAAGUAGAUGAGCACCAGGAAAAUGAAAAUGACAUAGAUGAGCUGCACGAAAAUGAUCCAGAAGAUCGGAAUGUCCAAAUAAACGGGCACGAUAGUACCAAAUGCAGUCCUUCUGGUAGAUAUAGAAUCCAAACAAGUGCUCCUGAGUGUGAAUCAAAUUAUAAACAACAAGAUGCUACUUAUGCGCAAAAUAAAACCGAAAGCAGAAAUAGUAGCCACAAACGUUCAUUUCCGAAGGAUCAUAACUCUCGAACCAAAGAUAGGUCAGAAGGUAGACAAGAAGAACACGUUCAUCAUCACAGUACUAGUGACAAUAAAAGUCGCGAAUCGUCCUCUUCAAAAAGAACGUACAGGCACGGCGAUAAAGAGAAAAAGGAAAAAUACAGUAAAGAUAGUAAAACUAGUAGAAAUGAUUCUAGUCCAACAUGUGAGAGGGAAGGUAGUCAUGGUAGAAAUAAGACACGUGAUAAAUCCAAUUCUAAACAUCACUCUGCUAUGUCUAAAACAUCUCAUGUAGAAAAUUACAAGCGUCAACGGACUCUGGAAGGGGAAGAUGAUCUUAAACCGAAAAAAUAUAAAACAGAACUCAGUGAUAAACCAGACUCUAGUUGUAGUGGAAAUAGUAGUCAACAUAGAUCUUGUAGUAGUAAAUCCAAUUCGAGUAGCAGAAGAGGUAGAGAUAAAGAGAAAAAAUCUUUAGAAAAGAACAAGAAACAUGCAUCGAAGAUAGCGUGUGAAUCAGUUGGUGGAGACUCGGUCAAUGACUCGGACGGAGAUGAUGGAUUAGAUGGUGCUGCAGGAGCAAGUUUUGCGGAUGCACUAGCAAUGAUAGGAAUGCCUUCAUCCUCAAAGAAGAAGCCAGCCAGCAAAAAAAAUGCUGACAAAAUUAAAAAUUCACCCAUUAGCAUGCCACCUCCAGCAACGAAAAGCAGCAAAGAGAAGUUAACUUCCUCCAGUAGCAACAGAGAUUCUUUUUCCCCUAGUAGUACUGCAAGCAGUAGUGGCUAUAGCAGUUGCUCUUCCACUCCGACUCUGUUAGCUCAAAAGUCAAAACUAGAACCUUUACCAGAAAUUUCUGAGAUUGUCGAAUCACUACCUAUUAUAUCCCCGCACUACAAACCUAUGCCUCUGAAUCAAACGGUUAUGGAGUGUGUGUUUUCUAAUAGCGGACGCCCUCAGAAACGAGUGUUGUCCGAAGAGGAGGCAUUGGGCCAUAGUAUGCAAUCCAAAAAUCUUCGAACGAAGGUUUAUUCCGGAGUGAAGAACAGCAAGGAAGGUGUUCCUAAACUUUUCGAUAUGUGUAUUCGGCUACUGCAAGAAAAUAUCGAUCUUAUCGACACAUUCGGUGGAAUUCCGUUCGAUCUUCUGAAACCGGUAAUUGAAAGAGCUACAGCCCAGCAAUUAAUGAAGUUGGAGCAGUUCAAUCCUUAUUUGUUGGAAGAUACAGAUGUACUCUGGGAACAGCACUGUAGACGAACGUUUCGGAAUCAAAUGCGCAAACAAGAAGAGUGCGAGUCAUGGCGCGAAAUGUAUAUUCGUUGUUCGGAAGAAAGGAAUGCAAAACUGAUCAGUCUAACGCAGAAUAUCAAGCAGUCCAUAGUAGAAAAGGCAACCCCGGUGCGCAAAACAAAGCUAGCCUAUGUGGAUUCGAACGCAAAACCUCCGCGAAACGUACUGAGUAAGCAAGUUAAAUAUGGUACUGAUCGGGUUCCUGUUGUUUCGCCAGCAGCUAGAGUUGCUGCAUUAAAAACUGCGUCGGCUAAUUUAGCCAAAGUUGGAGACUCUCGUCUUAAGAUUGCUCCUGGAACCAGAGACAAUGCUCAGGUGCAAGUUUUUCAUCCAUUGAAACCGAAAAAAGCACCUUUAAUGGCCAAGUUGAUGACUUCUAUAAAGGGUUUCAAAACUGGCUUUAGGCGGUAGACUUGCAUCGAAAUAGCGUUCGAGGAAUGAAGUUCAAAUGCAAGGAAAAGAAAAAGCCGCAAAUGAGCAUGGAGUCACGAAAGAAAGAUAUACGUAUGCUGUGAUUGACUGUAUGCUACAGAAUGCUAAAAGAAAUAGAAAUACGGCAUUAUAACUAGAAAUUAAAUCGUAGAAAAUACGUUUUUCUCAACUACAGCGAGAUAUUAAUUAGACAUUAGUCAAUGAUUCGUAUCAUUUGUUUUUAUUGGAAUUAUUAUAUUUAUUUUUAAUUUAAAAUAUGUAUAAUUUGAUUUACUGCCUGUAAACUAUUGGAAAUUGUUGAUUGAAAAUGGAUCUAGUGGUUCUAAGCGCAUUGAACAUUUGUGUUUCAAUCGAAGUUCAUUACUUGCUAAAAGUGCCCAAUUCUAAAUAAUUUUCUAAUUGUGGAUGUACACUUUCUUAGGGACUUUCAUUUCUUUGUUUCUAAUAAAAACGUUCUAAUCAUGA